AUGCUUCAUCAAAAGAGUUCCCAACCCAUAUUCUUUUUACAGAAGUACAAAGAAGUAGCGUGGCACACCAAAGGACUGGCAGUGGCCAUCGCUUUCAAAAAGAACAAUGAAAACUACAUUGUGAGUGUCAACAGCGAUUCAUCUAUUAUACUUAAGCAAUGUGAGCUUCCCAAGGAUAUACCAGAGAAGGAGAGUGAGAUUAUCUUCUAUCAAAAAGUAUUUCGUUCAGAACACCCAAACUCGUUCCGUUUUGAAUCAUCGCUAAAACAAAAUUUUUACCUUGGCUUUAGUGAGGACGACUGUAAUAAUAAACUGGUUCUAAAGCACUGCCCUGGAGAUAUACUUGAUGAAACAAUUAAGUUUAUUUUGGAGGAUGACUGACAA